GUAAUUACGGCGACAUCAAUCAAGCAUGCACUAUCGUCUAGUACGCUCCAAGUGUGACGUAUUUCCUGGACAAAGGAGCUGUUUUGUUGUCAUUCAUCCAGUCGUCAACCGCCACACUGCAUGCACGGGCAUCCUUCUCUCAUACAGCUUCUUCUUCCCCUUAUUGUCGCUCUUUAUCUACGCUGUGCACGCACGAAGAGUAUACUCGUUAGCAAGCAGUCGUGACUCUUACAUGAGAAGAACGUCGUUUAAUCCUAAAAAAGAAUUGGUUUGGAAGGGUGAAGUUAACCGGCAAAUAGAAUCAUAGAAUCAUCCACGGAAGUUGGCCGUGGAUGACAAGCUAGCAUCUAGAUGUCGUGUUUUUGAACCGUUAAGAUAGAUGUAAAGUUAAAUGGCAAGUGCCUAGAAAAAGAGAGAAGGGGACAUGGAGGCAUGAGGUCUCGUUUUUUCCUCCUUUCUACAAACUACUAGUAAACAUUGUGCCCAGCAGGGAUGGCAGCUAUGGAGAAGUGGGUGGUAGCAGCCGAAGCGUUAGCAGAAACCUCAAUUCUAUUUUAGCCUCAAGUCCCAGUCAACGCUGCCGACAAGCCUCUCACUAGUCUAUCCAGUCAGGUGAAACCGUUCCCAGUGUGCCUCCGAGGCGAUGUGAUCCACUGCAGGUAGAGCUCUUUCUUCCAGGGGACUUGACUGAGCCCCAUAAUGAAGCGGCUCCGAUCCGCCUUGCCUCCUCUCUGAACUUUGUCGAAGGCUACUGUUCCACUUUUCCGCCACAAGGGAGUGAAGCUCCAAUUUGCCCGGGACACUGUGAUAGACGGACGGACGCACUGCCCCGUGUUCUACUUUUCAUGGAUGCCCAGGUGGCUCUGCUGCACUUAUGGACAGUCCUUGUCCUGACAGCAGAACUGAAUUGGAUUGGUACCGCAGAGGUCUACACAAACGAUUGGGCUGUCCAUAUUAAUGGGGGCCCUGAGGAGGCUGACCGCAUUGCAAAGGAACACGGGUUCAUCAACCAUGGCAAUGUUUUUGGAGAUUAUUAUCACUUCAGACAUCAUGCGGUGGAGAAGAGAGCAUUGUCUGGGCACAAGGGGAUGCACCUGAGACUACACCAAGAAGCACAAGUUCUAUGGGCAGAGCAGCAAGUGGUAAAGAGGAGGAAAAGGAGGGAUGUCUUUGAAGACCCAACAGACCCGGAUUUCCCCAAGCAGUGGUACCUGUCCACCCCGACUCAUCAGGACUUGAAUACCAAAGUAGCCUGGGCUCAGGGUUACACUGGAAAAGGUAUUGUGGUGACUAUCCUGGAUGAUGGCAUUGAAAAAGACCACCCUGAUCUCAUCAGCAAUUAUGAUCCAGAGGCCAGUUAUGAUGUUAAUGAUGGAGAUGCUGACCCUCAACCAAGAUACACCCAGCGUAAUGAGAACAGACAUGGGACUCGAUGUGCUGGAGAGGUUGCAGCUGCAGUUAACAAUGGCGUUUGUGGAGUGGGUGUGGCCUAUAAUGCUAAAAUUGGAGGAGUCCGUAUGUUGGAUGGGGAGGUGACAGAUGUGGUAGAGGCCCACUCUCUUAGCCUCAACCCACAACACAUCCACAUUUACAGUGCCAGCUGGGGCCCAGAAGAUGACGGAAAAUCGCUGGACGGCCCUGCUAAGCUGGCCAAGGAGGCUUUCCAGCAGGGAAUCACCAAGGGCCGUGGCGGACUAGGGUCCAUUUUCAUUUGGGCCUCGGGAAACGGUGGCAGAGAGCAGGACAACUGCAACUGUGAUGGCUACACCAACAGCAUUUACACAUUAUCCAUCAGCAGCACCACGCAGUCUGGUAAUGUGCCGUGGUACAGCGAGCCCUGCGCCUCCACCCUUGCGUCCACCUUCAGCUCUGGAAACCCGGGGGAGAAACAAAUAGUGACAACAGACCUCAGGCAAAAGUGCACAGACACUCACACUGGAACAUCAGCUUCAGCACCACUGGCUGCUGGGAUUAUUGCUCUGGCACUGGAGGCCAAUAUGAACCUCACCUGGAGGGACAUGCAGCACUUGGUGGUGAGAACGGCCCGGCCCAGAAAUCUCAGCGCUGGGGACUGGAGGACCAACGGUGUGGGACGCAGAGUGAGCCAUUCCUAUGGUUAUGGCCUGCUGGAUGCUGGCGCAAUGGUGGCUUUAGCACAGAACUGGACCAGAGUGGGGCUGCAGCACCAGUGUGUUCACACCAUGCUCACAGAACCAAGAGACAUCGGCAGCAAGCUGGUGUUCAGUAAGAGCAUUGAUGCCUGCUGGGGACGGCCGGACUACGUCAGCUCUCUGGAGCACGUUCAGGCUCGUCUCACUCUCCUCCACAACCAGAGAGGCAAGCUGGCCAUUCAUCUCAUCAGUCCACUGGGCACACGCUCCACCCUCUUGUUUCCCAGACCAAAUGACUUCUCCACAGAGGGAUUCAAUGACUGGGCCUUUAUGACCACCCACUCGUGGGAUGAGGACCCUCAAGGGGAAUGGACCUUGGAAAUAGAAAAUGUUGCACCAAAUGGCCGUGACUAUGGUGUGUUGAGUCAGUUCAAUCUCAUCCUGUGGGGGACAGGGCCCAGCGUGAUCAGCCCCUUGUCGUCUGACUUUCCUCGGCCCUCCAACAACAGCUGCAAGACGUUUGAUGCCCAGCAAAUCUGCAUAGAAUGCAGCCGUGGAUUCUCCCUCUUCCUCCAAGGCUGCGUGAAGUUUUGUCCUCCCGGUUUCACAUCAGGGCCUCAGCUCCUCAACCUCUCUCUGGAGAACUGGGUGGACUUGUCCUCCGUCCAAGCUUGCCUGCCCUGCCACCCCACCUGUCUGACCUGCUCUGCCAUGGGUCCCACAGACUGCCUUUCCUGUCCCCCUCACAGCCGUCUGGUCCUCACCUCCUGCCUCCACCAGAACCAGGUCCAGCGCAAAUCCCCUUUAGCUGGAGGAGAGCCCGGAGGACAUGUUCCAGCAGCAGAUGAGAAUAAAAGCAGAGGAGGCGAUGAACCGCCUGACCUCAGCGCGUCUCCGCCCACUCAUCUUCCUGCCGUUGUGGCGGUGCUCAUCUGUGCCUUCAUCCUGGCGGCCUUUGUGGGAGUUUUUCUCUUCUUGCAGCUACGCUCAGGUGGCGCUUCCUCUUCUAGCUGGAGGACCAAACUGCCCUCUGUGUACUCCCACAUGAGAGGGGUGCGAGUGGGGUUCGAUUUCGGCUCGGGCCGAGGUCCGAAGUCAAAGGCUCGCAUUUGCUACAGGGGGAUCCCCACCGUGUGGGGGGACGAGGACAUGACCGCCUACGAGUCUGAAUCAGACAGCGAGGAAGUGGACGGUCGCAGUGAAAGGACAGCUUUCAUCAAAACGCAGAGCGCCAUCUAGCCGACGCCUGCUGUCUGGUACCAGGAUGUCCAACAAACUCUUUCAGACAUGACUCUACAGAGCUAGCGCAUGACGAGAUGUCUUUCAUAGCUCGGGGAAAAAAGGCCUUAUUGUUCCAUCAACUUUUUGUUUUUUACUGUGUAUUUAUUCAAAGGUGUUAAUUUAUUUGUUAUUUAAUGAUCACCUAUUUAAGUCAGGAUCCAGCAGGUACAAUGGCAGCUUACUAAUGUUGACAGCACACAAGAGGAUUCCGCAAUAAAACAUGUGUUCCGUUAAGUCCCAAAUUCAUUCAUUUAUUCAUUUUCUAUGGGGUUGCGGGGGUAUGCUGGAGCCUAUCCCAGCUGACUUCCGGCGAGAAGUGGGGUACACCCCAGACCGGUCGGCAGUCAAUCACGUGACACAUACGGAAAAACAACCAUUCGCGCUCGCAUUCAUACUUACGGACAAUUUAGAGUUGCCAUGCAUGUUUUUAGGAUGUGGGAGGAAACCGGAGUACCCAGAGGAAACCCACGCGCACACGGGGAGAACAUGCAAACCCCACACAGAGAUGUCCAACAGAGAUUCGAACCCAGAUCUCCUGACUGUGUGGCCAACACGCUAACCGCUAUCAACUAACCAUUACUCUCAUCGAAGUUUGAGUUGUUGAACAGGCGUCUUUUAGCUGGCAGCGACACAAAGUGAUGUUCAUGGAAAUAUUCACCAACAUCCCUGACACGACCCUCCCUUUGAAGCGAACUUGGGAUCAGCACUGGAGAGCUCCAGUGGAUGGGUUUUGGGACACUGGCCGGGAAUUGAACGUGCGUUGUCUGCACAAAAAGGCAGCAGGCGUGUAGCACUACACCACCUGUGCACCGAACCGUUUCAAAAAUAAAUUGCAUAAUCGUACAAAAUAUUUUAUCCAUGUGACACACAUGUUUAGUUCAUGAGAGAGUAUGAAUCAUUUUGCCAAAAUGGAAAUAUUUUUCCACUUUUGUGUCCUUUCCAGCUAAAAGACAUCCAUUCUCCAAAUAAAAAUAUGCUUCAAUUCCAAACAUGUCCCGUGUAUGAAAAGCUUGCUGCUGAUGAAGUUAGUUAUGAUCGAUAUACGAUAUGUUGGCUUUAUCUUGCAGCCUGAGAUCAUAUUGAUUUGUUCUCAGACAUCCUGUAUCUCGAAGCCGAAGCUCCCUCCAGCAAACUGCACAUGGUUUUUAACCUUUUGGUGUGAAAAGGUUGCCCUGAUAUUUAAAAAUAUGCCAAAAUGUUGCAUUUUGUUGAACUUUUUUUUCUACAGUUGCAGUUGUUCUUACUGCGGAGUUUCAUGCCAGAAUAAAAAGGCUUUGUUGUUUGCAUAGAUAGUCUUUGACACAAACACACAGCAUCCUUCCUAAUGCAGCCUCUCCAACACAAAUGCUCUCCAAGCAAGCAGAUGGUUCUUAACUUGUCCGUGGCCAUGUUCCACCACUAAUUCCACCGCAGACGUGGAGCUGAAUCACAAAGUGGCAGCACUUCUGUCAUCUGCUCACGAUUUACCUGCUGUGAUCUCGCUUUUUCUAACACAGCAUUUCCUUCUCAGAUGUCAUGAUGGUGAAGGUUUGGUUAGAAUCAGCAGCGCUCAGCUGCACAGUUGGUGGGUCGAGAUCCAGCGAGUCAUUAUGAAAGGCACAGGAAGAACGCUGUGCAUCCGGAGUGUCCGAAGUGCAGCCUCUGGGGCCUUUUGCAGCCUGCUGCACUUUCUAAAAAUGCAAUAAAAAAUGGCAAACGUGGGAAAAAUGAGCAGUAAUUUCAUGGAACUGAAACUGUAAUUUUACGAGAUCCAAGUCAAUAUUAAGAGAAAAGUUGUAUGAGGAAAAAAAAGUUGAUAAUGUAAAAAAAAAAAAAAAAAAAAAAAUUUGGAAGCAUGAAGUUCAAAUUUAAAAGUUAUUCUAAAAAACAAAAAAGUUGCAAUUUUUUGGGAAAAUUGGGUUCAAAAAAAAGUUCUAACACCACAAGAAUAAAUGAAACAUGUUAUGGGAAUAAAGCCAUAAUAAUACAAGAAGAAAGUUGAAAUAUUUGGAUUUGUUUUUUUUUCAACAGUAAAAAUUGGAAAAAAAAAAAAGAGCAAAACAGUGUAAUGUAAAGAGAAUAAAGUCCCAAUAUUAGGAGGAAAAAGUUGUAAUAUUAUGAGAAAAUAAUUAAAUGUAAAAAAAAUGACAAUACCAAUAAUUACAUUUAAAAAAUAAUAAAUAUACAACAAUAAAGUUGUUAUAUUUUGAGGGGGAGAAAUUUAUUUGAGAAAAAAGGUAAAUGCUAGAAGAAUAGUCAUAAUGUUAAAAGAAAAAAGUUGUCAUUUUAUGAGAAAAAAGUCACAAAUUUGCAAGAAUAAAGUUAAAAAAUAAUUUUAGAAGCAUGAAAUUUAAAUAUUAACAAUUUUUUUUAUUUUAGAAAACGUGGCAAUUUUGGGGGAAAAUUGGGUGGGAAAAAUAUUAUAAGAAUAAAGUCAAUAUAUUACAUAAACAUAUUAUUAUGAGAAAUACAAACAUAAUAUGAUGAGGAAAAGAGCAAAAACGUGUAAUGUCAAGAGAAUAAAGACAAAAUAUUAAGAAAUGUUAUGAGAAUUUUUUUUGGGAUAUAAUAUAAUUCCAAUAUAAUUUUUGGAAAAUUAUAUUGGAAAAAAGUUAUAUUACGAGAAUAAAGUAUAAAUAUUAAGAGAAUAAAGUCAUAAUAUUACAAGAACAAAGUCCAAAUAAUGUGGAAAUGUGGAGAAAAAGCUGAAAUGUUUGAAAAAUACAUUUAAAAACAGCGAAAAUGGAAAAGGCUCUUACUACAAACAAAAUUGUAAAAUACUAAGUGACACGCUUUGUCCCCAAUCAACCAAAGCAGAGAUGCAGGCUGUUUUUUAAUAUAUAAAACUUCUUCAAAUAUUAUGUGUUGUGUUGUGUUAUGUGUUGCUUUAAAAAAUGGAAAAUAUGAAAGUGAUAUCAUGGCGUGCAGCCCUCGAUGGAAAACGCUGGAAUACUGCUGAUCUCCGCACAUCUAGUUCCUCAUGGGAAGCCUCCAUUGCAUAUCAGAAAUGUAAAUGUGUGCCUCAAGUCUCUCAUGGGUUCACAAGAGCCUGAAAUGUUUUCAUCUCCAUAUUCAUAUUUCCAUCUGUCUAAGCCUGGCUAAAGAAAUAUUACGAUUUCUCCAAAGCAACAUGGAGCAUGCAUAUCAUUGCAGUGAGUUGAAUGAGAAAUGAAGGCAGUUGUUGAAGACAGCUGGUGGCAGCAGCAGCCUGAGGAGAGACACAAAGUCUUCACAAGCAUCCUCCACCCUGGAGCUCCCAUCACAGAUUACUCACAAAGCUUCAGGCAUCCCUCCACCACCACACCCCAACACGGUCUUCUUGUUACGAGAACAAAAGCUCCUUCUUUUCAAGCCAGGAUACACUCGCUUAGUUCCGAAUCAUGAAAAUGUUGCAUUUUACAUCCUAUUAUAUCCUGUUUAGUGUCUCCCCACGGAUACCGCGGGUUAGAAUCGGUAUUGGAUCGAUGGAAGCGUGAUGGAUGCAUUUUUUUUUGUGUUUAUUUACUACGGCCGAGUAUUAGGGCCACAUUGAAAAAAAAAAUCGACGUUUUUUUCUCGUAAAUUUACAAGAAAAAAACGUUGUAAAUUUACAAGUAUAAAGUCAUAAAUUUAUGAGAAAAAAGAGUCGUAAAUUUAUGAGAAAAUACGUACAUUUACGAAAAAAAGUCGCAAAUUUACAAAUAAUAAAUACAUUUCUGAGAAUAAAGUCAUACAUUUUACGAGAAUAAAGUCAUACAUUUCUGAGAAUAAAGUCAUAAAUUUUACGAGAAAAAAAGUCGUAAUGUACGAGAAUGAAGUCAUAAAUUUACGAGAAUAAAGUCAUACAUUUACAAGAAAAAACGUCGUAAAUUUACAAGAAUAAAGUCAUACAUUUAUGAGAAAAAAGUCAUAAAUUCACAAGAAAAAACGUAGAUUUACGAGAAAAAAGUCGCAAAUUUACAAAGAAUAAAGUCAUACAUUUAUGAGAAUAAAGUCAUACAUUUUACGAGAAAAAAAGUCGUAAUGUACAAGAAUGAAGUCAUAAAUUGAAGAGAAUAAAGUCAUACAUUUACAAGAAAAAACAUCGUAAAUUUACAAGAAUAAAGUCAUACAUUUAUGAGAAAAAAGUCGUAAAUUCACGACAAAAAAACGUACAUUUCCGAGAAAAAAAGUCGCAAAUUUACAAAGAAUAAAGUCAUACAUUUCUGAGAAUAAAGUCAUAAAUUUUACAAGGAAAAAAGUCGUAAUGUAUGAGAAUUAAGUCAUAAAUUCACGAGAAAAAAACAUACAUUUACGAGAAAAAAGUCGCAAAUUUAACAAGAAUAAAGUCAUACAUUUCUGAGAAUAAAGUCAUACAUUUUACGAGAAAAGAAGUCGUAAUGUACGAGAAUGAAGUCAUAAAUUUAAGAGAAUAAAGUCAUACAUUUACAAGAAAAAACAUCGUAAAUUUACAAGAAUAAAGUCAUACAUUUAUGAGAAAAAAGUCGUAAAUUCACAAGAAAAAAGUCGUAAUGUACGAGAAUUAAGUCAUAAAUUCACAAGAAAAAAACAUACAAUUACGAGAAAAAAGUCGUACAUUUUACAAGAAAAAAGUCGUAAUGUACAAGAAUGAAGUCAUAAAUUGAAGAGAAUAAAGUCAUACAUUUACAAGAAAAAACAAUGCCUGUUACGAUGGAGUAUUAAAAUAAUCUCAGAUUUCGAGAAUAAAGUCGCAAAUUUACGAGAAAAAACUUGGAACUUUGUUACAGGCAUUGCCUGAGACAGCUAUGAAAAGGGGGGGACUUACAGUAUGUGACCUUGAGCAUGUGUAGCGGGCGAGGUAAGGAAGGCGGAAGUGAGAAGGGCUAGACAUGCUAAUCUGUUUGUGCACAACUGUUCUGUUUUGCUGUCAUGUUACAAAUAAAAAUUUGUCUGAAGCAAGAGGAAAGUGUCCUCCCGUCCUGAGGAGCUAUGCUCUAUUUUCACGCAAUAUUAAGACUUUAUUCUCGUAAUAUUAAGACUUUUUCUGUCGUAAAUUUACUACUUUUUUCUCGUAAAUUUAUGACCUUUUUUUUCUGAAUUUACGACUUUUACGACUUUAUCCCCAUGAAUUUCUCAUAAAUUAAUGCCUUAAUGCUUGUAAAUGUAUGACCUUUUAUCUCGUAUAUUUACGACUUUAUUCUCGUAAAUUCACUUUAGUCUCGUAACAUUCCAACUUUUUUUCUCGUAAAUUUACGACUUUAUUCUCGUGAAUUUCCGACCUUUUUUCUCGUAAAUUUACGACUUCAUUCGCAUAAAUUUGCAACUUUAUUCUCGUAAUAUUACAACUUUUUUCUGUCGUAAAUUUCCGACUUAAUGCUUGUAAAUGUAGGACCUUUUUUCUUGUGAACUUAUGACUUCAUUCCCAUGAAUUUAAUGUACGACCUUUUGUCUCAUAUAUUGACUACUUUAUUCUCUUAAAAUUACAACAUUUUCUCUCAUAAAUUUACUUUAUUCUAAUAUUAAACAUUUUUACGACUUUAUUCCCGUAAAUGUAUUCUCACACAUUUAUAACUUUUUUCUCAUAAAUUUCCAACUUUAUUCUUCAAAUUUUUUUUUUUUUCCAAUUGUUUUAUUUCAAAAUGAUUGUGGUGUAUGAUGAUGAUGAUGAUGAUACUUCAGGACCCACCUACUGUACGUAUUAACCACCAAUGAUGAGUGACUUCAUCUUUAUUCUCUUCCUGUGCGUUUUUACAAACAAUACAGAAGACAGCUUGCCUCCAUUUAUUACCUCUGGACACACAGCGCUACAGCAAUUUUUGUUUUUUUUUCGGACAGAUAUACACAGAAAUGAGACGCACAGCGAACGAGGUGAUGGAAAUGGUGGGACAGAAGCACGGGAAGUGCAAGCGAAUGUGGUCUCAUUGAAAUGUUAAUGGAAGCCAGAGCAGAACAUUUUGAUAUGUGACAGGACCUCCUGAGGGAAAUGAGCAAUUUUACCAGUUAAGUAAUGCACACAGUGACAAAAAAAAAAAAAAAAAAAAAGCGUGACAGUGUCCACAGCGCCAUUGAAGGCAUCCACGCAGUGUGCAGCACCAGCCUCGGGACAAGCGGUCGCUCUGUGGAGAUGCAAUUUUGUUGUGUGAGAAACCCAGUUGGGUUGUCAGUUGUUUUUUUUUAAAGGAGUCAUUCCACUCACAUUAGCCAGUUAUGCUUGCAUUACUACUCUACUACUCGAGCCACCAGUUAUGACUUGAGGCUACUAUGUGCCGAGAACGUCCCCUGCAAUUACAAAUCACAUUCAAAUCAAACAAAGCAUCCAUUUUCAACAAAUGCUGCUUCCUUAGAAAAAGAGCAUUCCUGGACGCGGCUUCUUGCCCACAUUUUAGUGCAUAAAAACGUUCCUCCAUGACAUAGAAAUUUGCUGGAAUGACACUGAUGUAACACUGGAAUGAAAUCUCUGUGGGACGACUUGAUCGGUGAUCACACAGGAACCCCAGGCAAGCUCAGUUGCAACUAGGGUGUUUUUGCUUGUGUGUGUUUCGCACACCCCCAAUGCUAACCUGCAGUCCACUUGCCAGCAUCAUGAAUGCUCCCUGACAUACUCGAUGCAAAUAUACACUACUCACAGAAGGCUUGGGAUACUCUUCUGGGUGAAAUUUCAGGAUGAACCUAAAAUACACGAGAACCUUUACACCAGAGCUGCAACAAUGAAGCGAUUAAUCGAUUCAUUACGUUUGAUUAAUCAUGUUUUGAUUGAAAAACGGAAAUACUCCCCCCGGUUUCAGCCUCUCAAAUAUGAAUGUUUUUGUUUCCUGAGUCAUCCAUGAAAGCAGACCUGCAGAAUGUGCAUUUUAGGCAAAACAAGAUAUUCACUCCGGAAAACAAGCGAUUGACGUUUUUGCGUUUUCUGAUAUGUGGCAGACCCAAACCGAUCUGUUUGGUUCAUAUUCCGUCAAGUGCCUUACCCAGGAGUGGCCCAACUUUCCCCAUCAAGGGCCACACUCAAAAAAAAAAAAAAACAGAAUCACAAGGAUGCAGGAUAGACUUUUUUUUUUUUUUUUAAACCAAUCCAUGUAGAUGUUUUUUUUUUUUUACAGAAAAACAGCCUGCAUCUCAGCUUUGCAUCAUCGUUGACAUUUUUGCUCAUUUUUACUUUUUUUUACAAAUACUUGUUCUAUAUUUUGAUUUGUUUCGUAUAUCACUAUUUCUUUUUUUGUUUUCAUGUUUCAACUCCGUGCUAUUUUUAUCUUCCUAAUAUGUCAUCUUAAUUCUCAAAAAUGAGUUUUUUUUUUUUUUUUUUUUACAUUUUCUGGUUUAAUGGUAUGUUUGAAUGCACUGACGGCCAAUAUUUUUUUUUUU